AUGGCUAACGCCAGUGGUUUCGAGCAGUAUGGACAAGCAACAGAGCUUCGUGGCGAGGCAUUGGAGGAAGAAGAAGAAGACGAACUGGACUUGGACGAGCUGGGCGACGAUCCGCUGUUGGCAAUGCAGAACAACUUGACCACCUUUGAAGAUUCUGUACGCAGCUUCGCAGCCGGAGGGAGCGAGAAAAGCUUGCUUUCUCAGUUUCGCGAAAAGCCGCAACAGCCUCGUGAGAAGAAAAUCAUAAAGCGAGGUCCUCGCAAAGCUGCUGAACCUACUGGCGAUGUGAAACUACGCCUCAGUGCCGCCACAAAUGCAUUCAUGAGUGGCGAGUUAGAUGAGGCUCUGCGCCAGGUCAACGACGCCAUUAGGCUCAAUGCAGAAAUCCACCGUUCUUGGUCGCUUCUGUCUGAGAUUCUGCGAGAGAGGGGAGAAUAUAAACAAAGUCUCACUGCUGCUGUGUGUGCUGCUCAUCUGCAGCCCAAAAUAUUCGACGUUUGGCUGGACUGCGGUCGUUUCGCGCUAGAACUUAUUGAUGCAGAGCCAGACGAUGCCGAGGACACCCUCAAGAUCGCAAUAAUGGUCUUUUCCCAAGCCAUUAAAAUUCAACCAGAUAACCUUGAUACCCGCCAAACCCGUGCUGCCUUGUAUUUGACGAGGCAAAGCUACAAACUCGCAGUAGGCGAGUACAAUUUCAUCAUCGAGCGAGAACCAUAUGAUCUUCUCGCCCUUCGAGGCUUGGCUGAUGCCUCGGUGCAGCUGUUUGAGAGCAACAGGAGGUAUUCCGAUAGGCAGAGAUGGGAGGCACGGGAUGCCUAUCAACGCGCGAUUGAUCAUUAUCGAGCCGAAUUUCCAAUGGGUGCAGAGAACGAAGAGCUUCCAUUCACGUGGGACGACGUCUUCACAUUUACGGCGCUCCUGGUCCACCUAGAGCAGUAUGGUGCCGCUUUGGAUGCAACCCGGUCACUAUCACGAUGGCUUCUAGGACGUGCUGAGGAAUCUUUCUGGGACGACAUCCAGGAUGAUAGGGAAUGGGAUGUCAAUGAACGACGUCGUCUUGAUGUUCCACAUUUCGAGGAAAAGAAGUAUCCAGUGGAAACAUACGGAGUCAGCUUACCCCUCCGCCUCAGAAUCAAUUUGGCCAUUUGUCGCCUCAGAUUAGACAGAAACACUGAUGACGAGGCCGUGCAACAUUUGGAAUUCCUCGACCCUGCAGACAUAGACACCGACGACGAAUCACAGCAAUCAGAGCUCUUCUUGGAAGUUGCCUCAACAUUAUAUGAAACUAAGCGACUCGCAAAAGCCCUUCCAUUCUACGAACCUCUGCGACGACAGGAGGAUCUACUAGAUGCACUCUCUUUGUACCGUGCUGGAAAAUGCUACCUAGAAAUCGAAGAUAGGCGACAGGCUGAAGAGUGUUUCACAGCAGCUUUGGAUUUUGACGAAACCCCAUCCGAUGUCCGUAUCAACGCGCGAUACGAAUUAGCUAGAAUGUACGAGGCUGCAAGGAAGAAUGAGGAAGCCUUGUAUCUGCUCGAAGAGGCCAUGGGCAUCGAAAGGGAACAAAAGGAAGUUUCUGGCAGCUCGGGUGCUGAGCCGGCGCGACGGGAGGCCCGCCCGAGAAUCAUUCGCAACCUUGCGCCAAAGCCAGUGCUGGAUAAACCACCAGUAGAACCUCGGGCUCCCAGGGAAAGAAAAGCACCUGCUCCCAAGAAACCUCGACAGCCUGGAGAGAAGAAGCCGCCGAGAGAGAGAAUGAGUCGCCCAAGACCUCUGCUGUUCGCUCUCGACGAAGACCGCAAACUGGAAGAGGAACGAAGAUCCGCAUAUCUGGCAGAGAGGUGGCGCAUUAUUCAUGAGCAAAGGGAGGAAUCCGAGCAUGGACCUGGAGCAGCCUGGAUGGCCGCUGCCAAGAUCCUCGUUGAUGAUUUCCGCUCCUUCAAGGCAUUCUACCCUUGGGAUAGAUAUCUGGCUCAGAUGGGUUUGCAAAAGGACGAAUCUGCCACUUCUGCCAAUCCUCACCUGCUCAAGAUGGUCCAACGACUAAGAGGCGAAGUCGACGCCCAGCAAUCCGCUGUUAACUCCCGCAAGCUAGCUGAGACGACUGUUAGUUACAGAAAUGUCGAGUUCAGGGCAUGGCUUGAUCUAUUCUUGGAGUAUGCACUCAGUCUUGCGCUCGCCGAUCGCAUCAAGGAAGCAUAUGACGUGUGCGAUGCAGCCCUGGCAGCCAAUGUCUUUUUUGAGAACCCUGAAGACAAAUUCCUUGCCAAUAUAGCGAAAGCAGCUUGUGCUGUGCGUGGGAGAGAUGAGGAGACAUGCGUCGAAGUGGCACGCAGUUUCAUGGCGAGCUUCCAGUUCUGCUCUGAUGCAUUCCGCAUGUAUGCCGCCCUGGGCAGGCUGGCCCAUUCCUCGGGGACGUGGUUCGCGCAUUCCAAGGUGCAAAAGUUCACACUGCGGCAGAUCAAGAUGAUGGAUGCCAAGUUGCUUCCGGCCGAAAAGAAGACCAGACUUCUCGAACAAUUUGAUUCGAAACUCUACCCAUCGACAGAGCAGGAUGUCCAAUUAUUGAUGUUGUAUGGCCAUAUUCUGUUCAUCUCCAACAGCUUUACUUUUGCGCUAAACUAUUUCGUGCGGGCUGCGGCUUUGGACCCGGACAACCUCAUGGUGAACAUCAGUAUUGGACAGGCCUACCUUCACUACGGGCUCAAGCGGCAGACGGAAAAUCGACAACAGUCCAUCACGCAAGGCUUGCUGUUCCUGCACCGUUACUACGACAUGAAGCUAGCCCAGGCCCUGACGUCGGGACAGAGGCAAGAGGCGCACUACAAUUUGGCGCGGACUUACCACGAGAUUGGGCUAGCCCAUCUGGCAGCAGAGUUUUACAGACGAGUCUUUCGUGAAGUUGAGAGCGAAGGCGAUGGAUUAGGGCAUGAGGACCUGGCUAGAGAGGCGGCAUUCAACCUACAGCAAUUUUGUCUGAUAGGGGGUGACAUGGAGGCGGUCCGGGACCUCAGCGAACGAUGGCUUGUCCUGUAA